UUUUACUCAAAAUUUAUUUAUUUAUUAUUAAUUUAAAAAGGUUUCAAAAAUUUAUUACUAUUUUUGUAAAUGAAAAAAUAGACUCCUCCUCCGUAACAAAAUAAUAGGCCUAAAAGUAAUGCCUAAAUUAAUCCUCCUUAGCCUUAAAAAGGUGUACCUGUGCCUAAUUUAUAAGCAUUACCUUAGACUACUUAGCAAACUACUUCAACAAAUCCAGGUAGCUUAUCUAAAAGAAAUUCAAUAAUUAGAAGAUUAAGCUAAAGAAAAGUUUCUAAAUUUUAAAGCGAGGAGGCGAAUAGACCUAAUUGGAGAUCAUUAUCAACAGGAUUAGAAAUGCUUAUCAAUGAAGAAUAAGUAAAAAGAAUAUGGUCAUUUGAUAAACCUAAAAUAGUUAUUUCAGAAGUAUUAAAUGACUUAUUGAAAAGAUUAGAUGCAUAAAAAAAUUUUGAAAGUAUGGAGUUAAACAUUAUUGCAGAGUUCCACUUAUAUAACAUAAUCUAUGCCAAAUAGACACUAUUUUUAGAUGAUUACAAAACUGCAAUCUUUUUAAAUUUAAUGUGGACUUUACUCAUAAAUGAUAACCCAGACUAUAAAAUUCUUCAUAGACGCUAUACGUAGGCAACUAUGAAUUCUCUGAAUGAAUUAAAUUCUAAAAAUGUUUAGCAAAUAGAUAAUACAAACACCUUAGGACAGGUUUCUAAAAAUGUGUAAUAAAAUCCAUAAAGCAGCUAAUAAAAAAUAGGCACAUUAUCAAAUAUAAAAGAAAAUUAUAAAACAAUAUAAAGUGAUCUUGAGAAUUUUAAAAAAUGGAUAAUUAAGCACUCUACGAGCGAAGUUCCAAAUAGCAUCAAAAUAUUUGAUGCUCAAUAAAUAUAGAUGAUUGUAUAAUUUGCUUAAAAUAGCUACUUCUCGAAUUUUUCACUUUACAAUUACUGCCUAAAUAAUAAAAAUAAAAAUGAAGAAAUAGAAAUAUAAUUAUUUGUUGAUAAGCCUUUAGAUAUACCCCCUCUUUCAGAUGCUUUAUACAUGGGAUAACCAAAAAUUGAAAUACCUGAAGAUGAGGAAGAUGAUCACCAAUCUAAGCAAAGAUAGAAAUAAAAAAAAGUUUCAUAUACAGAAUCAAGAUAAAGAGAAGGAAGUACUUAAUUAGAUAAGUUUUCAAAUAAAAAUAGCAUCUAAGGAGAAAGCCUGUAAAAAAUAGAUUCUGAAGAUUAAAGAAUAAGAUUCGAAUAAGAGGAGGUAGAAGAAGAAGGUAAUCAGUUUGAAGAUUAAGAAGGAUUUGAAAGUAACCAAAAUGGUUUCAGUGAUGAACAAAAACACAGUUCUUAAAGUAAAAGAUCUAUUAAACGUAUAAAUUCAGAAGAGUAAGAAAUAAGGAAUAUAGUUAAUAAUAAAUUAAAAUCAAUAGAAGAAUAAUUCUAGUAAACUAUUCAAAAAAGAUAAGAAGAAUUAGAUAAGUAAUUUGACGAAAUUGUUAAUCCUAAAAAGAAAAAAUGA